AACUAAAAUUAUAUGUUUUGUAAAUCAUCCGUUCAAUUAAUCCUUUCUAAAAUAAUGUUUGGAAAUAUCUCAACAUGUCCAUUAAAACAGCGAGUAGCAGUUUGUCAAAUGAAUUCGACAGACGACAAAGAAAGAAACAUUCGAAUUUGCACAGAGCUAAUAAACGAGUCUUACGACAAGGAGGCCAAAAUUGUUUUUCUCCCCGAAUGUUUUGAUUAUAUUGCAGAAAACAAAACCGAUUCUGUCAAAAUGGCUGAAAGUUUAGAAGGUGAUAUAAUAAAACAUUACAAAAAUCUGGCAAAAGAGAAAUCUUUGUGGUUGUCUAUGGGAGGGUUUCAUGAAAAGUGUAGUACUUCAGACGGUUCUAUUUUCAAUUCCCACAUUAUUAUAAAUGCUAAUGGUGAAUUAGUAAGCGUAUACAGAAAAGUCCACCUAUUUGAUGUUGACAUUCCUGGAACUGUAUUAAAAGAAAGCUCAUACGUGACCCCAGGUAAGAAAAUUGAAAAACCAGUUGAUACACCUGUUGGUAAAAUUGGCCUGCUUUGUUGCUAUGAUUUACGUUUUCCAGAAAUUUCCAUAGUCAAUCGACAACUUGGAGCUCAAAUCCUAACUUUUCCUUCCGCAUUCACCUUUACAACUGGGCUAGCCCAUUGGCACGUUUUGUUAAGAGCGCGUGCAAUUGAAAAUCAAUGUUAUGUAAUAGCUGCAGCACAAACUGGUAAACACAACGAUAAGAGGACAAGUUAUGGUCAUGCUUUAAUAGUUGAUCCUUGGGGGAAAGUUGUGGCUGAAUGUGAAAAAGAAAACGGUGUAUGUGUUGCUAGCAUUGAUUUAAGUUUAGUUGAUUCUAUUCGUGAAAGUAUGCCAGUAUUCGAACAUCGAAGGUAUGAUUUAUAUAAUAACCCUUUAAAGAAUCUUGAAUAAAGCGUUAAAAAGCAAAUUCCGCUUCGACAUAAAAUUUUGUAAAUAGUAAACGUUUUUAUUUUUGAUCGGUGUAUUUUAUAUAUGAAUGAACUGAAUAAAUAUGUAAAAAUGUUUUUAUUUUUGA